AUGCCCGAUAUGCAUGUCUUUAAUGCUCCAGCCAAGCUGGACUUGUCAAAUGCGCCCUCGCAGUACUUCCAGGUCCCAGCCACCUCCGCAUCCUCAUCACUGUACUCCCUCUCCGUGAGUCGCAAGCGCCCACGCCGGAACACCGAGAAGCUUGCAUCGCAUUUUGAGUCUCCCUCCGAAUUCGAGUCCCCGAUGGUCCAGUCGGAUUAUCGGGUAUUCAGCGGAGGAAACGACUUCCACACCUCGGCAGAGCUGGACUACCGUCCAAACCGAUACCGCGAAUCAUUCCUCCCACCAUCUCUGGAUGCAAGCACCGAGUCAAUAAACCCCGAGUCCAGCGGUACAAGUCGCAAGCGCAGUCGUCGUGACUCGGGGAUCGCAUCUCCAAGCGCCGACGGUCCGGACUCGCCCUCCACAACACCAGCGGGUUGGGGCAGGACUGUGAUCAAAGCCGUUGGCAAAGUCCUCGACCUCUGCUGGUCUGGAGCGUUCCGAGGAUUCUAUGCUGGCGGUGGUCAGGGCUAUGAUAUGACCGCUGGAUCACCAACAACGCUCGAAGCAAGCUGGCAGCCUCCGACCAGCCCAUCCACCGAAAAAGAGCCCUUCCACUCCAACCUAUUCGCAACCCCCAUCCCGGGCCAAUACCCAGACGACGAUCUUGAACGCAGCUGGGUCGUUGUUCCACCCGAGGCCCAUGAUCCCUUUGUGGGCAACAGCGAUAUCGCCAGCCCGUCACUGCGCACUCGGCGGAUGUUCCAAGCUUCCAGUCCGCGCCGUCGACCGGCCGUCAUGCCCCGACUUAAGAGGGUCUCUUGUGCCUCGCCACAACCCAAAUCUCCAACCAAAAAUCAGGGCCUCCCCUCGCCCCGAACACGGGACGCCCCUGCAUCUGCUGAGGUGCAGCGACAUGCAGCCAAGAUGCGCCGCAAGGAGCGCGAAGAGGAUGCCAGCAUCCAACGCUUGAACAAGCAGCUGCAAGACAUGAUUCGGGAAGGCAAAGCAGCUCUCGGCACAACGGUGGAGGUAAACGACGUGGACAUGGAUUUCUCCGACUACGACUAA